UAUCACGCUACUAAACAUAAGUGAUUAAAAAUUAUUGUUUAAUAAUAAAGUAAAGUCCCGUGUUUACAUGUUUCUAUGGGUAAAUGGUAAAGUACUAACAUCUUGGUACUCUCUCAAUAUUUUUGGGAUAUAAAAUGAAUACUAUGAUAUGGGAUCAACAGUUCGAAAUCUGCAUUGGACAAGAAAGUACUCCGUUGGAAAAUAGAAAAGAUUAACGAUGAAGUUCAAACAUGGAUCAACUUUUAUUCUAAUAUUCGCAUUAAUAAUCUUAACAGGCGCCCAAGAUGAUAAUGAACAAAGAUUUAAAAGAUCGCCCAAACCAGAUUGGGAAGUGAAUCCAGGAGCUAACCGUGAUGAUGAUGGUAAUACCAAUGCUGGCGUCCAAGUGAAAAAUUAUGGAAAUGACCACGAUUUUGAAGCAGGAUGGAGCAAAGUAGUUAGUGGACCCGAUAGAGCUAAACCAACAUGGCAUGUAGGUGGUACCUGGAGAUUUAAGAGAUCGCCGAGACCAGAUUGGGAAGUGAAUCCAGGAGCUAACGGUGAUGGAAAUGGUAACACUAAUGCUGGAGUAGAAAUAAGAAAUAAGGACAAAGAUCAUGACUUCCAGGCUGGAUGGAACAAAGUUGUCCAUGGACCCAACAGAGCUAAACCAACGUGGCAUGUAGGUGGUACCUGGAGAUUCAAGAGAUCGCCAAAACCAGAUUGGGAAGUGAAUCCAGGAGCUAACGGUGAUGGAAAUGGUAACACUAAUGCUGGAGUAGAAAUAAGAAAUAAGGACAAAGAUCAUGACUUCCAGGCUGGAUGGAACAAAGUUGUCCAUGGACCCAACAGAGCUAAACCAACGUGGCAUGUAGGUGGUACCUGGAGAUUCAAGAGAUCACCUAAACCAGAUUGGGAAGUGAAUCCAGGAGCUAACCGUGACGAUGAUGGUAAUACCAAUGCAGGCGUCCAAGUGAAAAAUCAUGGAAAUGACCACGAUUUUGAAGCAGGAUGGAGCAAAGUAGUUAGUGGACCCGAUAGAGCUAAACCAACAUGGCAUGUAGGUGGUACAUGGAGAUUCAAGAGAUCGCCAAAACCAGAUUGGGAAGUGAAUCCAGGAGCUAACGGUGAUGGAAAUGGUAACACUAAUGCUGGAGUAGAAAUAAGAAAUAAGGACAAAGAUCAUGACUUCCAGGCUGGAUGGAACAAAGUUGUCCAUGGACCCAACAGAGCUAAACCAACAUGGCAUGUAGGUGGUACCUGGAGAUUCAAGAGAUCACCUAAACCAGAUUGGGAAGUGAAUCCAGGAGCUAACCGUGAUGAUGAUGGUAACACUAAUGCUGGCGUUCAAGUGAAAAAUCAUGGAAAUGACCACGAUUUUGAAGCAGGAUGGAGCAAAGUAGUUAGCGGACCCGAUAGAGCUAAACCAACAUGGCAUGUAGGUGGUACUUGGAGAUUCUAGAAUCCUAUAGCAAUAGGAAUAUUAGGAAAUACAAAUAUUCUCGUAUUUUGUACUAUUUAUUUAAUUUAUUGUUAAUAAAAAAUUAAAUAGA